AUGUCCGAGGUGUCCAAUAAAAAUCAAGAGAAUAAGGAAUUAUUCUAUGCUGAUAUCGACGCUCCAAUCGUUGUGUUAUCUGCUUUAAAACAUUUUGAGGCAUUAUCAUCCAAGAAUGCUAAAAAGUAUGCCCAUUAUUUGUCAAGGGCAUCCUUUGAAGGAACAAGAGCCGUAUUAAGAUCAGUUUCCCCAGAAAGUGAACCAAUUUAUGAUAUGAUUUUAACUAUUCACGGUAAAUUGGGAACUCCACAAUCUGUCGAAGAGUAUCAACAAAAAUUGGCACCAUUGACCAAACAAGAUGUUCAACAUUAUUUGGAGUAUACCUUACAAUUUUUGGAUAAUGCUGGAAACUAUAAAUCAUUUGGAGACAAAAAGUUUAUCCCCCGUUUAGAACCAGAAACUUUUGAUAAAUUGAUCAAAAUUGUCGACGAUACUAAAGUUUCUGAGUUAUAUAACAAGGUCAAAGAAGCAUUGUUCAGUACAGAAAAGGGUUUGUUGGGCUAUGCCGAAUCUGGCCAUUUAUCCAAUUACUACCCUAACAGUGAAACUAUAACCAAAAAAGAAAUUGAUCUGGUUAAUCAGUUACUUGCUGAAAACGGUAUAAUGCCAGAAAAUACUAGAGUAGAGAAGAAAUCUGAUUCUGAAUUCACAGUUCAUGUUGCAUCUUCGGAAACCACUAACAAAACAACUUAUUACCCAAAAGACAAAUUAACAUCCAAGGAUGGUAAAAUCAAUGUCACUUUUAAAUUUGGUGAUCAUCAUGAACAAUUUCAAAAGAUAGUUGAAAACUUAACCAAGGCAUUACCAUAUGUUGCUAAUGAAACUCAAGAAAAAUUACUCACGUAUUACAUUGAAUCAUUUUCAACUGGGUCAAUGAAUGCACACAAGCAAUCACAAAUUGAAUGGGUCAAGGAUUUGAAACCUGAAGUUGAGUCCAACAUUGGUUUUAUUGAAACCUACAGAGACCCAUCUGGAGUUAGAGGAGAAUGGGAAGGGUUAGUUGCUAUGGUGAACCACGAAAGAACUGCUAAGUUUAGUAAGUUAGUUGCAAAUGCCGGCACAUUUAUUAAAGAAUUGCCAUGGGAUAAAAUUUAUGAAAAGGAUACUUUCACUCCACCUGAUUUUACUUCCUUGGAAGUGUUAACUUUUGCUGGUUCAGGAAUACCAGCAGGUAUUAACAUUCCAAACUAUGAUGAUGUCAGAUUAAACUAUGGGUUCAAGAAUGUUUCUCUUGGUAACGUAUUGUCUGCCAACCCCAAAAAUCCUAAGCAAAAAGAAGUUAUCACAUUUAUUGGAGAUGAUUUACAAGACGAAUUCAAAAAAUGGCGUGACGAAGCUUUCGAAGUUCAAGUUGGUUUGCAUGAAUUAUUAGGUCAUGGAACCGGGAAAUUAUUACAAGAGACUUCUCCAGGAAAAUUUAACUUUGAUAACAAAGAUGAUAGAAUCAAGUCAUGGUAUGGACCAAACGAUACUUGGAGUUCAUUGUUUGGUACAACUUCUGGAUCAUAUGAAGAAUGUCGUGCUGAGUUGGUUGCAUUAUAUUUAAUUUUGAAAAAUCCAGACCAAGUAUUCCCUAUUUUUAACAUUGGAAACAAGGAUGAUCAAACCAUAGUCAAAUUUAUUUCUGCAUUAUUGAUGAUAAGAGCUGGUUUAAUUGGGUUAGAAUUUUGGGAUCCUUCUUCUUCUAAAUGGGGACAACCACAUAUGCAAGCUCGUUUUGCCAUAAUGAAACAAUUGCAUAAAGCCAACGUCUUUAAAUUUGAAUAUUCGAACCCAGAUUAUUCUGAUUUGGAAAUUGUGGUUGACGCAUCUAAAUUGGACGAUGGUACUGCUGUUGAUGCUUUGGGUGAGUUCUUAUCUAAUUUACAUAUUUUCAAGAGCACUGGUGAUGUUAAACAAGGGUUAGAAUAUUAUUUGAACAAAUCACAAGUUGAUCCAGAAUAUAGCAGAUUUAGGGAUGCUGUGUUGAAACAAAAGAAACCAAGAAAGAUGGUCAUUCAAGCUAAUACUUUUUUCAAUGAAACCACCGAUGAUAUCGAUGUUGUUGAAUAUGAAGAAAGUGAAAUUGGUAUGAUUCAAAGUUAUUACGAUAGAAAGGUUUAG